UGGACAGAAUGAGAAAUGGAGAGAGAGAGAAAAAGAGAGAGAGAGAGAGAGAGAGAGAGAGAGAGCAGAAAAAAGACUAGUGAGAGAGGCAAAGUGAGAGAAGAGAACAAGUUAGCAAGAGAGAGGUAGAGAUGAGAACAGUGGUGGUAUUUUUAUUCUGACCACAGAAACCUCUUGACAAGCUUCCGUGACGACAGCCCAUCUAGUGCUUCUGCACUUGGGUUCCUCAAAACUCAAAACUUGGGCAACUUCUCAGCUGAAGGGAGCGAUGACAGACAGGCUGAGUGAAAGAGAAAGAAAGAGAGAGUGAGUGAGAGAAGUUGAGAGACAGAGGGGGAGAGAGAGAGAGAAACAGAGUGUACAAGCCACUGGGGCCUUCAAAGCCAUGUGACAUGACAGAGGGCACUGCCGGGGGACGCGCCGCACUAUGGAACUCCAAGCUCAGCUCCUGAGGAGCUUCCUGGCCCAGUUUGCCAGCAAAGAGGCCACAUCAGCUCAUGAAGACGGUGCCUAUGCUGUUGAGUUCUUGAAACUGAAGAGGCAGUCCACCAAGUACCGCACAGAGAAGACCUACUCCACCAAGGUUGCGGAAAGGCAGGACAACGCGAAGAAGAACAGAUAUAAGGACAUUGUUCCAUUUGACCACAGCAGAGUGAAGCUCUCACUGAACACCUCCAAAAAUGACACGGACUACAUCAAUGCCAAUUUCAUCCGGGGAGUUUGGGGGCCAAUGGAAUAUAUUGCCACUCAAGGCCCACUGCCACACACAGUUCUGGACUUCUGGAGGAUGCUUUGGGAAUACAAUGUGCAGGUUGUCGUGAUGGCUUGCAGGGAAUUUGAAAUGGGAAGGAAAAAGUGUGAGCGCUACUGGCCUGAAACUAUGGUGGAUGUAUUUGUGUGUGAGCCAUUUACAAUAUACUGUGAAUCAGAAGAGAACAAGGGAGACUAUUUGAUAAGGAUCCUGAAGGUGACUUAUAAUAAUUCAUCUCGCACACUGAAGCAGCUGCACUAUAUGAACUGGCCUGAUCACGGUGUUCCAGACUCCAUCCCCCCCAUUCUGGAGAUGCUGCAGGACAUGCGUAUGUUCCAGGAGCAGGAUGAUGUCCCCAUCUGCAUCCACUGCAGUGCCGGCUGUGGAAGGACAGGGGCACUGUGUGUCAUUGACUACACUUGGAACCUACUGAAAAAACAAAUGAUACCAGAGGACUUCAGCAUCUAUGACCUGGUUCAGGACAUGAGAACACAGAGGCCUUCCAUAGUCCAAACUAAGGAGCAGUAUGUACUGGUGUACAGAACGAUUAAAUUCCUGUUUGAGACGCAUCUGCAGAUGAUAGAAUCAAACUCAAAGAGAAUGGAGGUUCUAGCUGCACCUACACCCAUCCUUGUAGAUAUUGACAGCAAGGUUUCAGACUUCAGUGAGGAUGAGCCAGAGCCUGUAGAAGAGAAUAGGCCGCAUCCAUGCUAUGACCCCAGGUGUCCUGAAAAGGAAGUUCCUACAGAAUUAUCCAACCAUGUUGCACCAAGUGCAGUCUUGCAGCCACUGCCACCUCAUAUGCGAUCUGCCAGUCCACUGGGCCCCAAACGCACACCAACAGAUGUGCUCAAUGACAUGAAGAACUGGGCCAAGUCUAAAAUUGCCCAGAUACCUAAGCCUCCUUCACUUCAGGAAACAGAUCUUGGACACCAGAAAUCCCAGAUACUUGGACCUCCUCUUCUGCAGCAAACAGAUCUUGGAUACCACAAGGCCCAGAUACCUAAACCUCCUCGACUUCAGAAAGCGGAUCUUGGAUGCAGAAAGUCCCAGAUACCUGAACUUCCUCCAUGUCAGGAAACAGAUCAUGGUUACCAGAAAUCACAGAUACUUGAACCUCCUCUUCUGCAGCAAACAGAUAUUGGAUACCAAAAGUCUCAGAUACUUGAACCUCCACCAACUCAGCAAACAGAUCUUGGAUACCAAAAGUACCAGAUACCUAAACCUCCUCGACCUCAGAAAGCAGAUCCUGGAUGUGAUAAGCCCCAGAUACCUGAAACUUCUACAACAAACCAAACCCAGCACACUGACACUCUGAAAUCCAAUAAUCCCAUCAGACCAACAUCAGUACAGGAGUCCAGCCCACAUCACAUGCAUCAGGCAGAAAUUAACAAUGAUGGUGCUCUUCUCAAGAUUCCUUCCAUUUGUCUUACAGUGGAGGAUCCAUAUUUUGGCCCAGAUUCUCCUAUGUCCACUGGGUCUACAGAGUGUACAGGAGCAGUACCCCUCUGCAUGAAGAACCCUUGUUUCACUGGCCCCACUUUGGAUCUUAAAAGUCAGAGUAUUGAACUGCCAAUGCAGGACAAUAGUACAGGUGUGACUACACCUAUGUCUGAUGAGGACAGUCCUCCUCCUCUACCGGAGAGAACCCCAGAAUCCUACAUUCUGGCUGAUGAAGAACGUCCACAAACUCUCACUCCUACUCUUCUUCAGUGCACUGAUUCGUCUCUACCGAAUGCCACAGAUAUGGGCGAUAUGGGCGAUAUGGGCGAUACGGCUGAUAAGGGUGACACAGGCAAUAUGGGCGAGAUGAGCAUCGACCAGAACUUGACGUUGGUCAUCCCACCCGAUACUGUUUCAGCAAAUGGAGGAGGAAGCCCUCCGUCUCCUGCACCGCCUUUGCCAGAAAGAACUCCAGAAUCUUUUGAAAUGCCUAAUGAUGAAGAUUUAUUACGGAUUGCGGUACAAGAAAAGCCCGAGAAAACUGUGCUCAGGGUCGGGAAAUCUUCUGAAUGGUCUGGGAAUUCAAACGUAGAUGUACCAGACUUUAACAGGUCCUGGUCCAGGAGCAAGAGUUUAAGAAAUAGACUGUCACUUAAUGUUCCAGUUAACAACCAGUUAACGCCUUUUGCGCCACUUCACAUACCAUCACAAGAACCUUCAAAAAGUCUCACUCCUCCUCUCCCUGAACGCACACCUGAUUCUUUUCUGUUGGAAGCUUCAGGGACACCAGCUCCUCUUACUCCUCCACUCCCUAGAAGAACCCCAGAAUCUUAUAUUGUAGUCACAGAAGAAGCUCAGAGCAACAGCGCCUCCUGUCAGUCCGACACAGUCCAGCAAAGUCAGAGACUGGGCACCUCAUCUGAGUGGGCAGGAAACUCCCAGCCCAGGACAUUCCUAGAGGUGAUGACCAGAAGCAAGAGUGUUAAAGUGAAAAGUUCAAAACAAGAGUGUUUAUCUGUGGUUCCUCAGCCUGAUCCAGAUGUUGGGGCUACAGCAGAGUCUGUAUCACCUAGAGCAGAGGACCAGAUAUCAGUGGACAGCAGACGUCCUGCAGUGGAGCAGCCUGAGAAGACAUCACUACCCAAAAAGUCCAGGACCAAGAGUUUGAGGUUGUGGAAAGGAAAACAGAAAAUGAAAGAUGCUCCUGGGUCUGCUUCUGUUCCUCCAAACCAUGGUGCUACUACAGGAUUCGUAUUUAGUUUUGGAACACGUUUUGGGAAACCCAAAGGACCCAGGAGUCAGCCAGAAACAUGGGUGUAAAUCAGACAGAACAGGAAGUGCCUCACAGCAGUCAGUGAUGGAGUAACUGCCUGCCUACAUCAGGUUCCCAUGUGAUGAAAAAAAUGACUGAUAUACAAGAAGACAAACGAGAGAACGAGAUUCCUUAAUGAAUGGAGCUCAGAGGCUACAAGUGUUAAUUAAACUGGCUUUUUGGUCAAUAACUCAGGCGCUUGCUGAAAGAAAAAAAAAAAUCUUGCAAUCACUAUAUUUAUUGUAUAGUGGAUUUUUUUGGGCUCAGGUGAAAUCCCACAAAGCAUUGCAACAAGUAGUGUCCAAACUAUGUACCAUAGUGAGUAGAGAAUAACCUUAAUGCAUCUAAGACAUAUGAUUUCCAGUCUGGGAGAAACCCUUCAUGUGGCGAAAGUUUGACAUGUUCUUCUAUACAUAGUACUGAAAGCUGAACUAUAGACUUCCCUGAACUGAAAUAUUUUUCUCUUUUGCAUGUAUCCCAAUCACAAGUUGUAGCAUUUUAGAGUACCUUUAAAAGUGAAAAGGAAGGAAAUUUUAGAUUUAAAGAUUCUCUGUCUCAAUAGUUACCACGAAUUAAAUACUUCGUGGAAAUGAAAUAAAUCUUAAUUUAUUCUUAUGUAUGAAUUCGUGGCCACACCUUAUUAAAAAAUAACCACAGUCACCUUAGCAACUCCAUAACGGAGUAACGCUGCAUACAAGUUAGGGUUUUUUUUUUCUUUAUGUUACCCACUCAUUCAUCUGUACUCUUUUGCGUAUUUUAUUGCAGUUGUAUCAAACAGCCAUUUUUCUGUCUCCUUCUUUUUACAUCUAUAUGGUACUGCUUUGUCAAAAAAGUUAAAUUAAUGAGUGAUUUUAGCUUUACUACUGAUUGAUCCUCUUCUGUUAGACAAUCAGGAUCAACCAAAGGACUGCUGCAUUGCUCUGUAACAUGUAUGCUACUGUUUAGUCAGUCAUUUGCACUAUAACUUUAUAACUUUUCAGUAUAUUUAUAUAUGACAGGGUUGUAGCAGUGUGGACUGUCUCAGUGACUACUAGCUCGUAGGGCACAACCAGACUGGUACGAGCUGGAAAGAAAUUUCUAGCUGAUGUCUGUAUAAGCAUACAGUUGAUUCGUAUUUUAUUCAUUGUGUGUGUAAAUAGCAAUGUUCUCUUUUUUGACAUGUAUAUGAAAAUUAGAGGUGGAAUGGUAUGAAUAAUUUAAACAUAAUUUAAUGCAGGAAGUGUUAAAUUAUUAUAUUAAUUACAAUGCACAAAUACAGUUUUGUCUGUUCUUUAAAAAAGUAUGCUAUUGUUUUAAGAAUUGUGUCAAGAUGAGAUUUGCCUGGAAUUAUUUUUUUUUGUCAUUUUUAAAAAUCACUAUAAAUCUAUACAAAGGUAUGUAGAUCAUCAGUAACGGUAUGGAUGCAUAUUAUCAUGGAAUCACGGUAUGCUGUUAUACAGGCAUGUCCUCCCAUCCUCAGUGGAAAGUAUUUUGUCGUUCUGGAUAACAUCAACGUAAGUAUUGUAUGAAGUGAACAUUGGUCAGAAAUUACAGUAGAGGUUUUUUUUUUUUUUUUUUUUUUUU